UACCUCCUUGCCUCAGAGUAGCGGAUCACGGUAAUACUGAAGCACUAUUUGCAAUGUCUCCUGCACGGGCAAGGGCUCUUCUCGGGCUCCUGGUCACACUGUGUACCCAGAGCGCAAUAUUAUCUGGUUCUAAGCCAUUGCCACCACGUAAUGUGAAGCUGACGUCGGUUAAUAAGGGCUUAAAGGUCACAUGGGAUCCACCCAGUGAGCUGGAUGGACGGCCAGUAGACAGCUACAGCAUCGGCUACGGGAAGUCCAUGAAGUCAUUACACUUUGUCACUGUGGACAAGGACAGACGGUCCGAGGUACUAGACGACGUAGAGCCUGGAGUCCUGCAUUUUCUCAAGAUGAGUGCAGAAAAUAAGGAUGGGAUGAGUAAACCUGUCUACAGGGCAGAGACUCCAGGAGGGGGAGAGUGGGUGAAAUUGGAUGGCUUUGCUGUCGAGCCUUUUAACAGAUCCUCUCCAGACAGAAUGGUGUCUAUAACUUCAUCACAAAUAAAUUCACGGCCCCUAGCUCAGAGGACAGCUCUAGGACAACAGAGGGCCCCACAGUCAUCUUCUGGACCAGAACCCCCUCAUCAAGGAGGACAUUUCCCUCUCCAAAGCCAGAACAAACACAGAGUGGACCUCAGCCAGCACCAAGCAGACCAGCGCAAUGCUAACAAACCAAAAUUGGCCUCUGAGUCCAUCUAUGUGGUAUCACUGCAGGCACCCAGAGCCCAGGGAAGGAGUGCACCCAUUAACACAGCCAUCAUGAGUAAAAAAGUCACCAAAGAGCCAGAGGUUGUGGAUGAAGUAAAGGACAUAACAGUUAGAGUUUUGUCCCCUCAGUCUGUCAUUAUCACAUGGGUUGAUCCACUUGUUGAGGAGAAGAAAGAAAUUCCUGGGGGAUCAAGGCAUUACACAGUGAAAUACAGAGAGAAAGGAGAAUCUGCACGAUGGGAAUACAAGGAGACUCCUCAGAGACGUCUAAUGAUUGAAACACUCUCUGCAGACAGCAUGUAUGAGUUCUCCAUUCGAAUCUCACAAGGAGACCAGAAGGGCAAAUGGAGUGCAUCUGUGUUCCAGAGAACUCCUGAAUCAGCUCCCUCUGGCCCUCCUGAAAAUUUUCAGCUGAAACCACUUAGAGGGAAAGUUACUGCUAUCACAGCAACCUGGGAUCCACCUGAACAAACCAAUGGACGAAUAAGAGAAUACAUCCUCUCGUAUGCGCCUGCUAUGAAACCAUUUGGCGCAAAGUCAAUUACAUACCGUGGCACCACCACCUCUGCUACCAUAGAUGAACUUACACCAGGUGAACGCUACAUCUUCAAAAUCCGUGGAGUCAAUAGGAAGGGGCAAGGACCACAGACUAAAGCCAUUAUCGUUGCAAUGCCUGCAUCCAGCAGCCACAAGACCAGUCAAAGCACCUCCAAGACAUCAUCAUACAAUGAAUCAGACAAUCAGGAGUCAGAAAAUCAGGAUGAGAUAGAAGAGUCAGAUACUCCGACUACAACUCCUGCCCCACUCACGAAACGACGGACACGACCUCUUUCCCAAACAAGGUCCUAUCACAGCAUCUUCUCAAGGGGUUCUGCCAGAAAUGGAGGUUCUAACUCAAGGCCAAACUCACAAUCAUCCCCCUCUCAUAUCAAAGAGGGAAAUACAGAUGAGGAAGAUAGGCCAACAGAGAGUCCAACAGAUGAGGAAAUAGGAACAAAUGAGGCUAUUGAGGGCGCAAAACCAAAGAGCAGUAACAAUGUUUCACCACAAAUAGAAGAAGAUUCAAAAUACUUACCUGAAAAUAUGAAACCAAACCCCAAAAUAUCCAUCCAGUCACCAGGCACUACACCAUCACUUUUAAAACCAUCCUCACAUGACUCUGUCCAUAAAGCAUCAGAGGAUCAAAGGCCUUCUUGGACACCUCGCAUUUCCUCAAUUGUCGAUAUCAGCCGAUUAAGAAGGCCUAAUUCUCGCACUCAUGGUUCUCGGUCAAGGACGCGAAAUGAAGAUUCUUCCAGCUCAUUGACCGAGUCUGUAGCUAUAAGAAAGGACUUAACUGUAGUCUCCUAUCCUGAGGGAAAGGACUCAUACAACCAGAUAAGUGUCACUGACAAGAAUACGUCGGUGCCCUCACCUCAGGAAACCAGACCUGAUCCAGAGAAAGAUUCAGUAUUAUCUUCCUCCAGCUCAAAUUCCUCUUCCUCCUCAUCGGUGUCAUCAUCUUCUUCUUCCUCCUCAUUCACAUUACCAUCAUCAUCAACUUCUACAUCAUCAUCAUCAUCAUCAUCAUCAUCUUCAGGUACAAGAAGGGGUUCCUCCUCAUCAAGUCGAGUCACAAGUUUAGGAUCUGGUUCCAUUUACCCUAAUAGCAGAAGAGUUGGAAUUUCAACUAGAGCUCACAGACUUCAAACAGGACAGCGCAAACCUGAUUCAUCAAUAUCAUCAUCAUCAUCAUCAUUAUCAUCUACUUCUUCACAAUCCACGCUGCCAAAAAGAAAUGGGACUUCUGGCAGCAGUGAUAGCCACUCAACAAGUCUCCACGAUACAACAGAGGAGUAUGAGAGCCAUCAUUCCAACCAAAAGAACACAGAGAUAGACACAACAAAGGACCAAGAACCAGCUGCCUCUUACCAAACCAAAACCCCCAACUCUGAUAAGACUGAAGAGGAACAAAAGGAAAAUUAUAAUAAAAGAGAAGAGAAAAGUGACAGUUAUGGUUCUACUUCCCAGACUUCUUCAAGUACUAGACCCUCUCUAACAGGGCAAAGUUCGUCCAUUCCAAAAUCAAACCGAAAUUCUAGGGUAGUUACAGGGAGUCGCAGACAAGAUGGCAGGAUACCAUGGAGUAGGACUGCUUCUUCUGUAGGUGCAGGAAGACCAGUUAUUAAUAGAACUCCUUCACAUACUUCUGCUUUGAGCACUCAAGACACUAAUGAUAAGGCCAAAACUUCACCCACAACAUAUCCCUCAAAGCAUGGGGUUGUUCUAGUCUCAAAUAAACCUAAUAUGCUAAACAGAGAAACUGUUUCAACAAAUGUUGCUAUAAGCUUCAACAAUCCCAGUAAUAAUGGAAAUGUAAAAAAUAGCAAUGAUCAUAAAGAUGAUUAUAUUUAUGAAGAAAGAAAGGAGAUAUUUGAGAGGAAAAGUAAAGAUGUUGUCCCAACUGUAGCAUCUAAAACUACUACAACAGCUGUGAGUGAAGCUGUGAAACCUGUCCACAGCUUUGAAAAUGAAAGUUUGGAUAGGGAGCCAAGUUCAGAAAGCACCAGUUCAAAGUCACUUCCUUCAGUUCCCCAAAGAGUUCCUCUAUUGGGAUCUAAUGGAAGAGUGCGGUCACCUGUAGUAGCAAGUCGGCUGAAAGGGUUACGGCUUCCUAGUCGGGUGUACCCAGUACAACACAGAAGACUGGGCUCUGCUUCCACACCUAUUACUACAUCAUCAUCCUCUUCCUCCUCUAAGAACAGUCCAGUGGAAUCCCCUCAUGUUUCAGAUCGAAACACAAGUGUCAGUAGUAAUACUAAUAUUAGGUUGACCCCAGGUUCAGUUGCUCGCUCUAUUGGUGAAAGCUCUACUGGGAAUAUAUCACCUGAAUCUCUAUCAUCUUCAUCACGGAAUCCAAUAGUGGGAUCAAGGCUGCGAUCAGUUUCAAAGGAAAACGCCCAAGUCAGUGGCUACAAACCCAGUUAUGGAAAAGGCAAAAAUGGACGGCCGAAUCUGACAGCUGCAAAUGGAAAAGUAUCCUCAACAGCUGAUGACAGUUCUAAACCAAUUGGAGUCCGACAUAUCACAGGUCCAGAUGGAACAAAAUGGGUUGUAGAUCUGGACAAGGGUGUCUUAAUGAAUGAAAAUGGAAGGGUUCUUCAAGAUUCAAUGGGAAGACAGAGAAAAGUGAUCCUUGGAGAAGAUGGCAAGACUAUUUUUGAUGACCAGGGCAGCCCAUUGGUCAACCAGGAAGGAUUAGCAUUAUUUGGUCACGGAAGGCACAGUCGGCCUGUUGUUAAUCCCAGUGAAAAGUAUCUAACUUUAGGUGGAAAGACUGUUGUAGGCUUGGACCGCCCUAAACAUAGAACUACUACCACAACAACCACUACAACGACAACUACAACAACCACUACAGCCACAACCACACAAGAACCCACAACUGAACCCACAACAACAGAAAUUGCAACAGAAACUUUGGAGCCAACAACAUUAGCUGCUGAGCCCACAUGUCCGCCUGGACUGUACUCACGAAGGGAUACAAAUGGUUUCCCAAUUGUGGAGGCUGAUGGAAUACUUAACUGCUACUCUGAAGAAGAGAUUUUUGCGGAGACCACCACCAUUCAAAUCCCUACAACAACACAAGCUCCCACUCCUGAGACACGGCCAUUCAACAACACCCCUUCCUCUGAGUUUGACAUUGCUGGCAAGAAACGCUUCACAGAAGAGAUUUUUGCGGAGACCACCACCAUUCAAAUCCCUACAACAACACAACCUCCCACUCCUGAGACACGGCCAUUCAACAACACCCCUUCCUCUGAGUUUGACAUUGCUGGCAAGAAACGCUUCACAGCUCCGUAUGUAAACUAUGUCCGUAAGGACCCUGGAGCUCCCUGCUCUCUGACCGAGGCUCUAGAGUACCUGCAAGUGGAUGUCUUGGCAGACUUGAUGGACAAGGACCAGCAUUCAUUCAAUCAAAAGCAGCCACCCAAGAACAAGCCCCAUAAUGUCACUGUGGUUGCCAUGGAGGGCUGUCACUCCUUUGUUAUUUUGGACUGGGCACGCCCACUGAAAGAUGACAUGGUGUCAGGCUACAUGGUGCACAGUGCAUCCUAUGACGACGUCCUGAAUAACAGGUGGUCAAGCAGACCCUCAAGUGAAACACACCUUCCUGUUGAGAACCUCAAGCCCAAUUCCAGGUAUUACUUCAAAGUUCAAGCAAAAAACAUCUUUGGUUUGGGGCCACUUAGUGAAACUUUAACGUAUGUCACAGAGUCAGAUGACCCUCUUCUCAUAGAGAGACCCCCAGGUGGGGAGCCUAUCUGGAUCCCAUUUUCAUUUAGGUAUAACCCUGCCCACAGUUCCUGUAAAGGAAGUCAGUUUGUCAAGCGCACCUGGUAUAGGAAGUUUGUAGGUGUUGUCCUCUGCAACUCAUUGCGCUAUAAGAUCUUCAUGGGAGAUGGACUGAGAGAAACAUUCUUCAGCAUUGCUGAUUCAUUUGGCCAUGGAGAGGACCACUGCCAGUUCGUGGACUCCUAUCUAGAUGGAAGGACAGGACCACACAAUCUCUCCCUCCACCUAUCCACAGCUCAAGGUUAUUAUCGUUCAGAUAGACAAGUGCCAGUGAAUUUUGGUGCCAUCGGCAGGCGCACACCAAAUCCUUUUGUAGGCUGGUAUGAGUGUGGAGUUCCAAUCCCUGGGAAGUGGUAAUGAGGAAAAUCCAAAAGGACAUUUCCACAGGCAAUAUGUUCUCCCCUUUAUUUAUCAGCCAUUCAAAGAGGUGAAAUAUUGCUCACCAUGGCAACAAAAUCUAAAUCAUAUAGCAACUGCUUCUGAUGGAAGGAAUAUAGUACUUUGAAUAACACACAUUUUUACAUAUUCUAAAUCAAGCACUUUUUUUUUUUAAAUCAGUCUGUAUAUGAGGAUAUUGCAGCAUGUGUAUUGAGUUUAAUAACAGUGGUCUUUUAUUUUAUUUCAUGUGUUCAGUGAUCUAAUUGUUUCAGAUUCAAUUCCACCUGGAACCUUAUAGUAACUUCAAAGAAACACAGUAGGCUACUUAAAUAUCAAAGCACAAAAUCAAAUGACAAAGGAAUGUGUGAAUCACUGAUUCGCAAAUGAUGUAACAAAUUUUCUGUGACUGAUGCAAGCUGUUGUUUUUAUAACUUUUUUUUUUUUUCUUUUUUUUUUUCUUACCAAAGGUUGGUAUGGAAUUAUUGCCCAUAUUAGGGCAGAUUGAAAAAAUAAAAAAAAUAAAAAAAUAAAAAAUAUAUUUUUGUUUUGCUCAGGAAUGGUUAAAAAUUGAAUAAAGGUGCUAUAGUGAAAAAUCUAAC